AUGACUCCCGACUCCCACGUGCCGUCUUCCUCGGACCCAACCUCUGUCGACAAUGACCAGGUCCAGGCAGUUCGGCAUUUCAACCGCUUUUACACUCGCCGCGCUGGAGUCCUCGCCCUCUCCUCCGAUCUCUCGCUCACAGAGACUCGUGUCCUGUAUGAACUUGCCAACUCGGAGACGUCAGUCGCCUCUGAGCUCUCCCGCACUCUCGGCGUCGACAUGGGAUACCUCUCCCGCAUCUUGAAGCGCUUUGAGGCCGCCGGAUGGAUCUCGCGCAAGCCCAACCCACGCGACCAACGCCAGAGCUGGUUGACUCUUACUCCCGAGGGAUUCUCGGCCUACGCUCCCAUCAACGACACGUCCCAGUCUCAACAGACCGAGCUCCUGGCCUCCUUGCCCAACGGCGAGCGUACGAAACUUGUUGAAGCCAUGCGCACCAUUGAGCGUAUCCUCACUGCGCCUUCGACCUCGGCUCCUGCACCCGUGGCCACUCUUCGCGACCUCCAGUAUGGCGACCUCGGCUGGGUCCUGCAGCAGCAUUCCGACCUGUACGCCGAAGAGUACGGCUGGAUCGGCGAGUUUGAAGGUCUGGUCGCCGACGUCGUGGCCGGCCUCGCGAAGAUGGACAACAGCUGCGAACAUGGUUGGAUUGCCGAGGUCAAUGGAGAACGGGCCGGCUGCCUCUUCCUCAUGAAGGCCCGUGAGGGCGUCGCCAAAAUCCGUCUCGUACUCCUCACUCCGGCCGCACGCGGCCACGGGCUGGGAGGGCGCAUGGUGGAUGUCUGUCUGGCGUAUGCGCGCGAAAAAGGCUACACCAAGGUCGAGCUGUGGACCCACGCCGAGCUCGGAACCGCGCGCAAGAUGUACGGAAAGCGUGGUUUCGUGCUCGUGGAGACGGAACCACACGACAGGUUUGGUCUUCCGCUCGUCGGUGAGAUGUGGGAGUUGGACUUUGACAAGGAGUAG